AUUAAAGAUUGCGCCUUUGUAUACUUUUGGUGAUUAUUUUUUUCCUUAGCUGUGCAAGAAAAGUCUCCUCUUUCACACACCCCAAAACUUUUUUUCCACCCUUAUUACUACCCCCUAUGAAAAUUGAAGAAUCUAGGGUUUAAUGAUAUACCAUAAAAGUGUAAAGAUCCAAUCUUUAUUACUUUUUAUGCUGAUUUUACUAUCUUGGUAUGUUUUAUUUUGUGUUAAUUUCAUUCAUAUAGUUCAAUCUUGAUAUUCUAGCUAGUAGUUUGGUUUCUUGAAAUUUCAAUUCCAGGAACCCUUUUUUUAUUUUUUAACUGUAAUGUGUGUUUAUUACUUUUAUGCUUAUUUUAUCAUCUUGGUAUGUUCUAUUUUGUGUUAAUUUCAUUCAUAUAGUUCAAUCUUGACAUUCUAGCUAGUAGUUUGGUUUCUUGAAAUUUCAAUCCAAGAACCCCAUUUUUUUUUGUCAUUUCUAUUUUUUUUACAAAAUGUUUUUGGUUCUUAAAAAGGAAACAGUUUGAGAAGGUUCAAUUGGCUGAAAUGAAUUUCUAUAUUCACAUAUUUAUCGACAUCAAGUUCUUAAAAAGAACCAAAUUCUUGUUGGAUUUUUUUGAGGGGGUAAUUAGGCUUGAGCUUAAAUGAAGCUGUGAGUAUUCAUAUAGCCGAUCCCAACUUGUUUGGCACUGAGGCGUAGUAGUAGGAAUUAAAGUUUUUUUUUUUUUUUUUUAUCAUUUUUAUGUUUUUUGGGGUUGAGAGAGGUGAAAUGGAGGAAAUAGAAGAAGCUAACAAGGCUGCAGUUGAGACUUGUCAUAGAGUGAUUAGUAUUUUAUCAUCUAGGACAAAUGAUCAGAAUAAUCAGUAUAUGAAUUUAGUUAGAGAAACUGGUGAAGCUGUACACAAGUUCAAGAAAGUUGUCACUCUUUUGAAUUCAACUUUAGGUCAUGCAAGAGUGAGGAAAUCGAACAAAUUUAAGACCCCUUUGCCUCAUAACAUCCUUGUUGAAAACCCGAAUUGCAAAAUCGAUGAUCAGACAAACGCUCUUCGAUUACUUCCUAUCGAUUCUCCUGAAAAUCGAGUACCAGAGAUGGGUAGUGCUAAUGUGAAAUGCAAUCUGACUUUGGGAACUUCUUCUCUAGAAUUAAGUUCAAGCAGCAGAAAUCCGCUUAAUUUUGGCCAACAAAUGCCUUUCAACAACAACAACAUGCCCCGUGUGGUCCCACAAGUCGAGUCUGGUGAGGGUGGCGUGUAUGCAGACCUUACCCCUCCCUUUGGUGGGGUAGAGAGGCUCUUUCCGAACCAACAAACACCUUUGCCAAGCUAUAACUAUCUUCAACAGCAGCAACAACAACAACAACAACAACAACGGCGGUUUCUACUUCAGCAGCAGCAAUUGAAACAGCCGGCCGAGAUGAUGUACAAGCGGAGCAAUAGUGGCGUUAGUCUAAAUUUUGAUAGCUCGACAUGCACUCCGACCAUGUCUUCGACCAGAUCUUUUUUAUCCUCAUUGAGUGUGGACGCUAGCAUUGCUAAUGGUAAUAGCUUUCACUUAAUUGGGUCUUCUCACUCUGCGGAUCGGAGCUCGUUCCAACACAAGAGAAGGUGCUCUGGAAGGGGAGACGAGGGAAGUGUGAAAUGUGGAAGCAGUGGGAGAUGUCAUUGUUCAAAGAAGAGGAAACACAGAGUAAAGAGAUCAAUCAAAGUACCUGCUGUAAGUAGCAAGCUAGCUGAUAUUCCUGCCGAUGAAUAUUCUUGGAGAAAGUACGGACAAAAGCCGAUCAAAGGUUCUCCACACCCUAGGAUCUUUGGUGUGAUAGUGACUCUAUCGAGUUGUGUAAUUGCUUUUAUUGAGGCACAACAACCAAUUCUUGCUUCGAUUUUGAGCAAGUUUAAUGCAUUUCUGCAGGGGAUACUAUAAAUGUAGCAGCAUAAGAGGCUGCCCUGCCCGGAAACAUGUCGAGAGAUGCUUGGAAGACCCUUCAAUGCUUAUCGUGACAUACGAAGGUGAACAUAAUCAUCCGAUGUUGCCAUCACAAUCGGCUAAUGCCUAAAAUCUAUCGGAAAUUUUAACAAAACUGAUCACAAUCCUCGACAGCUUUUGCAUAUUCUGUAAUUGAUGGGCUUCCAUUGUUUACUGUACAUAUGAUGUGUUUAAGCUUUGAAAAAUCAGGAUGGGGCUAAAUUUACGGUUCAUUGGUCUGCCUUUUCGUGUAUUUUGGAGGUUAAAACAUCGAUUCCAGGUCGAAGAACUAUGCGAUAGGAUUCGAGAUUUUCCUGAUUGUAAGAAUAUUUCCUCAUCAAGUAUGACUCCUAUAGACCUUAGGAUUUUUGUAUUUUAGCAACUGUGAGAUUUAGUUUUUGUUACAGAAUGUAAGAUGCAUGCUUUGAGGUUGUA